UCCUGGUGCAGCAAAGAGGCUCUCCUUCUGCAAGACUUUUGCUGGACUCCUGAGAAAUUAUUUUGAAUAACAUGGCAGAGAAGGAUUUCAUCAGUUGGCAUCUGCUGGCUUUAUUUUUUCUUCCAUUUUGCCUGUGUCAAGAUGAAUACAUGGAGGUGAGCAGAAGAUCUUAUAAACCAGUGGCCAAAGUAUUGCAAAGUCACCACCAAACUGGCCACAAAGGUUCCAGAAGCAGGGAAAUUUUGAAACAGCGGAGUCAACUUAUAGAGUGGACUGUUGCUAAUAGCUCUUCUACAGACCAAAAUGUUCUGAGACCAGAGGUAGAUGAUGUAGAACUGACUACCUCAGAUAGAGUCCAGCCCCCACAAACUGGACCGCAGAAUCCAGACUGUAGCUCCUGCUGCCGUGGUGACUUUGGAGUUCGACUCUACCAAGGGCCCCCAGGACCCCCUGGACCCCCUGGGAUGCCAGGAAAUCAUGGAAACAAUGGCAAUAAUGGAGCAACCGGCCAAGAAGGAGCCAAAGGUGAGAAAGGAGACAAAGGAGAUAUGGGACCGAGGGGAGAGCGUGGCCAUCAUGGGCCCAAAGGCGAAAAGGGUUACCCUGGGAUCCCUCCGGAGCUACAGGUUGCAUUCAUGGCUUCCAUGGCCACUCACUUCAGCAACCAGAACAGUGGGAUUAUCUUCAGUAGUGUUGAAACCAAUGUUGGGAAUUUCUUCGAUGUAAUGACUGGGAGAUUUGGUGCUCCAGUGAAUGGGGUGUAUUUCUUCACCUUCAAUAUGAUGAAACAUGAAGAUGUGGAGGAAGUGUAUGUGUACCUGAUGCAUAAUGGCAACACAGUAUUCAGCUUGUAUAGCUAUGAAUCAAAAGGGAAGGCGGACACUUCAGGAAACAGUGCGGUGCUAAAACUUGCCAAGGGAGAUGAAGUUUGGCUGCGGAUGGGAAAUGGAGCCCUCCAUGGGGACCACCAGCGCUUCUCCACCUUUGCUGGGUUUCUUCUGUUUGAAACCAAGUAAAGAAGAAAACAGCCAAAUAGCCGUUUACAUGAAGAAGCUCUUUUUGGAACUGCAUUUUUUUUCUGGACUGUGGAAUUGUUAAGGUCAGGAAGGCUUGUUUUGAUGCAAUGCAUUGCUUUUUCUGUAUCAGAGAUGAGCUGAAUACAUUGAG